AUGUUGUCCUUGAACAUCCCAUCAUACUCACAGCCAUCGGGCUACCAGCUUUCUGAGUUGCCCAAGCCGGACAUCAUUGAUCCAAAAGAUGUGAUAAUUAAGGUUCAUGCGGCGAGCAUCAAUCCAAUUGACGUGAAGAAAGCUGGUGGAAUGUUGAAAUUGGCGGUGAAAGACACCUUUCCAUAUAAAAUUGGCUAUGACUGUGCCGGUAUAGUCACAGAGAUUGGAUCGGAUGUGACCCGAUUUCAAGUGGGAGCUGAAGUCUAUGUUAGACUGCCGGAGAUUUCUCGAGGGUCUUGCAGUGAAUUUGUCAGAUGUACAGAGAAGUACAUUGCCCUGAAGCCACCUUCAUUGUCCUUCGAGGAUGCAGCCUCAAUCCCUCUGGCAGCAAUGACUGCACUUCAAGCACUCAGAAAAUACAAAGGAGAUCUGGCUGGAAAGACUGUCUUUGUGCCCGCCGGCCUGAGUGGGACAGGUCUAUUUGCAUGCCAAUUGGCAAAGAAUGUCUUCCAUGCAGGCAAGGUCAUCACCACAGUCUCGACCUCCAAGGUGGAAAAGAUCAUGGAGCUACUAGGCGAAGCAACAGUCGAUCAGAUAAUCGACUACACAAAAUCCGACCCAAGAAAGGCUAUUAAGUCUGGCUCCGUGGACUUCCUCUUCGACACAGUGGGUUCUUCAAUGGAUUACCUCUGCCUAAUGAAACAACAAUCCGGAUGUAUUGUCUCAAUUUCGACCAUGCCAUCGGGCAACCAGCUCCAGGAAUCCUCAGUUACGGAUCUUCCCCAGAAGAGUAGCAUUCCUAUUGCUCUACGAAUGGGACUUAAUGCUUCCGAUUAUGUCCGUAAAUUCAGGGCAUCGCGAUAUGGUGUUGAGUAUUCAUAUAUGUUUCUGGAAUCGACUGGUGAAGAUCUGGACGAGUUGAGAGGUUAUGUUGAGGGGCGCAGGCUGAGAACGGUAGUUGGAAACACUGUUGAGCUUUCGGACAUCGAAGCAGUGCGAUCAGCAUGCCAGGUCGUUUACAGUGGGAAGGGAGGUCUUGGGAAGUUGGUUGUCAAAGUUGCCGAUUCGUGA